AACACUUUUUGAAAAAAAAAAUCACCUCAACUGCCUCCUGUAUCACUAAAACUAAUGUUGCUCAGGAAUUAAACAGUGAAGACAGAAAUGGGAAGCACUAUCAGAAAUAUUUUCCCACACUCAGACACUGACCGGUAUUGAUCACAUGCAAAUGUUAUUGAUCGCCUCACUCUCGUCCGUCUGUAUUGAUCCGACUCCUUUCUUUGUCCUUAAACCUUCCAGCUGUCGGAGUUCUGUGGACCGGAUCCUCUUGUUGCUUUCAGCGAGUCGAAGUUCUGCAUCAGCAUUACUGAAUCAGUGAGCACUGUGAUUUGCUUUUGCAAUUCGUGUUUUUGCAUGUUGCUUUUGCAAUUCACAGCACUCACUUGAUUAAAGCGCCAUGUGUGAUGCGAUGGUGUGGCUUUGAGUUAAUGUCAUCUAUUUUCUACAGCUGAGCACCUGUAAACUGCUUUGAUUCAUAAUACUUAUGUUAUACUGCCUAACACCCAUUUGUUUGCCAAUACUGGAUGCCAAAUUAGAUAAAAUGAAAAAUAAAUGUGUGCUAUAUUGAUUUACUGAAAGACCAAAACCUCUUUUUUGAUCAUGUGACAUUUAAUCAUUAGAAAGACAACAUAGUAGUACAUGCAAAAAGUUUUGUUUUUAAGUAGAUUUUAUUCAUCCAUGCCUUUCUUGAUAAACAAUGAGAACAUUUUUAUUGGUGUUAUCGCAAUCAAAGGUAAUGAUGAGCAAUCUAUACCUGGUAGUUUAAGAAACAAAAUAGUUUGUAGAGUGUGAAAAUGACAGGGUUGUGUUAACUCUCAGACCUGUGCAGGUUUGAAUGUAUUAAUGUCAUAGUCUUUGAUUAAAAAAGCUAUGACAGCCACAAACCUAUAGACCAUGAUGUAUCCACUGUGGAUUUUUAAGGAUUUUGAAUGUUAUGGGUAGAAAGGAUUUAUAGAAUUAACUGAAACAUUCUGUGCAUGAGGAAAAAACAUGUAACUUAACCGUCCUAUAACCAUUUGGCCAUAAGCUGCAGACUUAGAUCUACAACUUGGCGUAGAGGAAGAUGGCUGCCCCUUUGGACACUUCAGCUAACCUCCAUAACUUCCAGUCAACUGGUGGACAUAAACUUAGGAUGCAACGGCACAAAAUCCCCCUGUGCAUAUCAUCCUAAUCACUAGGUCUGUAUUUCUUCAUGAAUUCCACUAUUGCUUAAUCAGUACUCUUUAUAUGAUUCAUAAGUGGAAAGAUAUUGAAAUGUACUUUCAUUUCAAGAGUGGUUUUAACCUUUUCAGUAUUACUCAAAUCGCUCUCUUGCCAACGUCAAUAUAUAGCAGCGAAUGUGUUGAAGACAUUACAUGUGAUUUUGACAGUUGGGUAAGUGAGCUCUCAGAUCGCUUUGAGGUUGGUAUUUUUGCUAUGAAUAUUUGUAGAGUCAUUCUAAAACAUGGCAUUAGCUUUAAGGUUAACUUUGGGCAGGGUAAUGGUCCUAAAACACACAAGCAAUAAAAUGCUAUAGAAUGGCCCAGUCAAAUUCUAGAUUUUAAUCCAUGUGAGAUUAGGUGUCAAAUCUUGAAAAUUGAUGAUCAAAGACACCUUUCAUCCAAUGUCACUGAGCUGGAGUUAUUUUUUGAAAAGAACGAUGGUCCAAAAAUGUGUCUUACUCUCUAGACGUGCAAAGUUGGUAGAGACAUUCCCCCAAAAUGCAGCAGCUGUAACUGCAGCAAAAGGUGAAUCUGCAAAGAGCUGGCUCACGGUGGCUUCAACAGAAAUGCACGUUACGCAUUUCUGCUUUUUACUUGUACAAAAAGAUGCAAAAACAUGAACACACACACAAAAAAAUCUUUACUUUGGUCUAUUAGGUGAUCUUCAUUAAACUUUGUGGUUGAAACGUGGCAAAAUGCGAAGGGUUUGUUUAAUGCAUUGCUAUGUUCCAUCACAGAAGUGAAUCUAACCAGAUUUUAUUCUUAAUAUGCCGUCCGUUGCCAUGACUCAUUUGUUAUUGACUGUUUUAAUACCAGCCAGAAGAUCGUCUUCUCAUACGAGAAGCCGUAAGUUUAAACAUUUUAAUGUUUUUUUUAAAUGUUUAAAUUUAAACAUUUAAGCAUGUUUAAAUGUUUCAUCUCUGCGUUUUGCUAUGCGUUUUUGUGCGCGUUCUGUGCCCAUUUUUUUUUUAUUUCCCUCCACUCAAUUCCAGUCACAGGUGUUUCGCUUGAACGCCAGAGGGCGACGGUGAACCGCCUAUUCACCCAGCAGACCAUUUAAACCCAGAAAACUGCGUCACACAAUGGGGGCGGAGUGAUCUCAAUGCAAUUUAUAUACAGAGAACUGAGAGCUUUUCUCCCUGUAGCUUCACGGAGAGCGAAGGAAACAUCUCAGCAACAAAGGGCAGGCUGGAGUUUGUUUACCUCACACGGUGGAGUUUCCACACGGACUAUUCAACCACUUUUCAACCGCUGCCCCCGUCCGACUCUGGAAUAUACUCGCUUGUUGACGUCGACGUCUUUCCCCUCCACCUUUUAUUUCUUUUUCGGGAUUUAUUGUCGCCACUUUGGACUAGUGGACCAGCAUUAGAAGUCCCGCAAACUGCUUUCCCACAGUUUUUGAAGUUAGGGCCAAUGUGUCAACGCAUGUCAGUCUUGUGACUGACAUGCACUCUUUAAGACCGCCAAAUCUGCUCGAUGGCUCGACCGAAGUAACGCCAGCAGAGGGGACCGGCGGAGACCCAGCAUCCUCAGCGCGAACACCACGUUCCUCGAAGCACACAGAGCGGAGCCGCGCGCCGCAGGCGGGCGCCUCCACAGCCGGGGGAGGAGGAGGAGGAGAAGGAGAAGGACGAAGAGGGGAGCCGGACUCGGACUCGCCGCCUUGCUCCGUGAGCCCGGCCAGUUUAGACGUCUUUCGAAGCAGGUCGAUAUUUCGCCCUACCCGCCGCUCAUCCAGCGGAUACUUCUCCUUUGACUGCGACUCGCUGCCGAGCUCCCCGCUCUCUCCGCACCCAGUGACGGCUGACAAAGCCACGCAGACCCCCAGCCUCACCGGCCAGGUGAUGAACCACGCCCUGCAGCGAAUGGCUGUGGAGCACGGUGGACUCGGGCUGCAGGGGCACUCUCCCAACCACUAUAGCACUAUUAACGCGGCACGGGAUAUGCAGUCAGAAGCAGUUGGUCGUAAACUCCGUGCUAUUGGAGAUAACUUCAACAACGAGCUGAUGGUAAGGGGGAUGGCGAGAAGACACCAACGGAAUAUAGUCCCUCUAAACCUGAUGCCGCACAUCCAGCAAGAGCCUGUUGCCAUGCUUUGUGUCUGCCUUCUGCUCCUCCUGGUCGGACGAAUAAUGUACAUGCAAGGCAACACAAGCAGCCAUGACCACUCUCAGGUUUAGCCUUAGGAAAACCCAGCAGACGUAGCAUUCUUCUUGAGUAUGUUUUGAACAUAUAUCAAAUCUUGACUCUUUUAAAUAUAUAUGAUUUAAUAUGCCUGUUCCUUCCCCCUUUGAACUCUUCUCUUUUAGGAAGGAACUCUAAAAUGUUUGAUUUUCCCUAAUGGCCUCCGAGUCUCCAUCAUUUUACCAAAGAGGCAAGAUUUGCACUCCGUUUCUUGAACAGAGACAGUCAUUUGACCUGAAAAAAUAUGCCUGUGGAAAUUCAAACGUGCCUUGUACAGUUUGUUGUUUACUUUAUUAAGAUUGAUUUAAGUUGUGUUUUGUUUUUACUAUUGUACAGAGAUUAUGUGCUUCCUGAGCGACCACGGUCUGUGACCCAGAUUUGUUCAAGUUUAUGGGUCUAAAAUGAUUUUCUCUUAUUUUCCGCCUGUCAUGCCUUCAAAAUAUAAGUGCAUUUACGUUGUCAUAAUCUGUGUUCCCAAACUACGAUCAUUUUAAGGUUUUAUUUCCACAAAAUAUGUUGUUCUAUAUCAUCCUUUAAAGCUGAUGUAAACAAAACUGCAUUUUUAUCCAGAAAGAAGAAAUAUAUUGUGAUUGUCUCAUAACAUUGACUUUAAACGCGAUGAAAAGUGUUUUGCUGGUUGAUCCGGACGGCUGUAAACCUUCUUAGAACUGUCAUGCUGUUUAAAUGAUUUGGAAAUGGGAUUAUGAGAUGCAGCAAUACGACGGCGCUUUAUGACGUUUGUAGAUAGAAUAAAAAUUAAGUAAAUUUUUGCCAAAAAAAUCUUCAAAAGUUUCUACAAAAAAAAAAACAAGAACAUUUCUGAUGUUGAAAAGUAAAAAAAAAAAUUUAAAAAAAUCUACACAAGAAAUCUAGAAACAUUUUGAGAUUAAUCACAGAAAUCUUUAGCGAAAUCUUGGAAAUUUCUGAGUUUCAGAAGUCACAAAUUUUCUAUUUCAGAGUUUCUUUCUAGAACAUUUCUGAGAUUAGUUUGAAAAUUUCAGCGUUUUGCCUAGCAAAUGUUUCACUUUUUAAACUCUAAAAUUUUCUUGAUUUUGAAUUUCUGAGAUUAAUCUCAAAUAUUCCAGGUGUUUUCUGGCACUUUUUAAACGUUUCAAAUUGAGAAACUUCUUUAUUUUUCUAAAAAAUUUCUGAAAUUGAUGUUAAUUCUUUUUUCGCAGAAUUUCACACCCUCUUUUUCUACCCAUUCCAGAUUUUUUUCCCCAUCUGCAAUGGGCCUCAUAUGCCAUCGUACAGCAAUAAUUCUUUUUUUAAAUAUCCUCCAGUCUUCCAUUUUUCUCAAAUUCAGUUUUAUUUUCAACAUAACAAAUCAAAUAACAACCUUUACCCAUGCAUUUCAUGUCAGAAAUACCUUAAAGAGCAUUUUCUGAUGUAGUUUCAGCACCAAAUGUUUAUUCAAUACUUCAUUCAAAAAUGGCAAUAAAAAACAAUUCCGUAUUCAGCAUUAAAACAAAGGUUUUGCACCGUUUUAACUCAAACCUACUGCUCAGUCAGCCACUGGUUAAAGCAAUGACUGUUACCUAACUAGCCCUACAAGCAGAGUGAUGUUGAUGAACAAAGUAACAAUUUAAAUCAAGUCAGUCAUUAAAACUAGUCAGUAGUGUCAUUUCUUGCUUUGCUGUUUAUUAAUCUAUAAACUUUUCCAUUGCUCUUGCAAUAAGUGAUCAAAUUUUACGGUCUUCCCUCAUCUGGUUUUCUCGUUAGCAGCCAGGGUGAAAGUAACCAGCAGGUUUUGGUUUGUUGACAAUUUUCCGUUUAUUAGCACAGUGAUUCAGACUGAGCCAAGUCUGCUCAUGCCUGCCAGGUCAUUAAACACUCCGAGAGGUUUCUGGAUAGCAUCCAGCCGUGGCUAAAACAGUGAAGGGAUGGGUGGGGUUUUUGUUUUGGAAUGAUUGGCUAUUAGUAACCAAACUAACAGAGAAAAUACAAUGGUGAAGAUGAAAGAAACAUUUAGAUUUUAAGCUGUGCACAUUAAAACUGUUCAACUCUUAUGAAGAAAAAAAUAAAAGUUUUGAGUAUUGUUAUAAAAUGUUUUUUUGGUGGAACAAUAGUCUUUUCCAUUUUGAUUUUUAGAACUCUGCUUCAAAAGGCCCACAGCUGUUAAUAGGCCUGGACCGGCCUGAACGUAUAGUAAAGUUUUAGAAAGUCACAGUUUCAAAACUUUCCGCCGUCGACGGUUUUCCUGCUUUCCUUUUCUCCCCCAUCCGUCAUGUCUGUUCUUUUCUUUCCCACUUUUCUUAGUUUCCUCCCUGCUUUGUUUACUUCCUACUUUUCGUACCUUUCGUCCUGUCUGUAUUUUCUUCGGUCCCUCUUUUGUUUUUUCCCGUCCGUUCUUCCGAUGUUUCCUUCGUUUUUUUCCCCUGUUUUGUAGAACUAGAACUGAAGUAAAUGAAUCGUCAAAUGUUAUGUUUGUGAAAAUUGGUCAUAGAUUCUAGAAGAAUAUUUCUAAAUUGAGGACUGGCCAGUUCAGAGUCUGGACAUGAAAAAUGUGUAGAAACUGCACUUUUACGGACAAAUUGGGCUACAAAUUCAAACAGUCAUGCUGCGGAAGCUGUAAAUCGUGCACAGUUUUUACAAUAUUUGUGUAAAUUAAUGUGAAUUUUGUCGUAUUUGUGGUAAAGUAUCACACCACGAGACUCUCGUACCAGCUCUAGCCUAGUUGCUAAUUAACCAACUGGUGAUGCUAACAGGCUAGCUUCACCGGUUUCACAUCCAGAUAAAAUAGUUUCCAGUACCUGCUACUGCAUCUUUACUAAGUACUUCACAAAGUGACACAUUUGAAGUAAUAAUGAAAUUGCAGCUUGCAAAUUAAAAUCAGCAUGUUAGCUAAUUUCCCCUAGCAUCAUUAUCACAGUAUGUGACACAUACGUUUUGAUGAAAUAGUCUUCUGAAUGCAUAACGCUAAACAAAAGAGCCCAGUCAGUAAUCAUAGACAGCUAUUAACGUUGUUAAAUAUCAGUCCAAAUGAAUCUACGCUUCAUGUCUCAAAUAGUUUUAACAUCCAUGUAUCACACUAAUUUCCUUUUUUUGCUAUAUUGGAGAGACGCUUUCCUUUUCCAUGUAACUAUUCUGAUUAGUUAAAGCGAUGCCGUUGGUUUUUUCUGCCCCCCUUUAAAAUGCACAAAGCUUGUCUUCCUUCCUCUUCACCAGUGUUUAGCUGCUUCGCUUCUCCUUCACUGUGACACUGAGAGCGCUGUGACUGCAUGCUGAUUUCUGAUAUUGUGCCAUGUGAAACCUACAACCUCAUUUUGAAAUACUGUGUUACAGCCGGUGUGCGAGAGGAGAGCAUUUCAGGGAGGAAACCGAGAGACGAUUUACUGCUUUCUGAAACUGAUAUGGAAACCUUGUAAUGAGCAUAUUGUUCGCAUGUCUUCUGAAGGUGUUCGAGCACAGAAACGCUUCUACGCGUGUUUGUUGUGUAUGUGUGUGUGCGUAUGUUUAUGACACAUUCAGGGUUUUAAUGACUUGCAUCAAGCACUGCUGGAAUGACUGUGUCAAAUUGUGUUGCCCAUUUCGGUUUAUUUGACUUUUGGACCAUGUGAAAGCCACAACCUUUAGCAGAUAGAUAAUUGUUGCUUGCUGUAAUGCAGGAGGAUGGCCUGUUAUUUCAUUGGAAACGUUAGACAGGUUAAAUGCAGGAAACUUGUGGGACCCAGAGACACUGCAGCGCGCUGUGCUUUCGCUGAAAAUGUUGUAAAUGCUUCUAUUGAACCUUAGAUAUACAGGAGCCAAAACAAAAAAAAAUAAAAAAACAAGAAUGACUCCAGAUGACCCAGUACAAGUGUAGCAACCAGUACGUUUUGUUUAUAUUGUAAACUAUAACAAAAAUUCAAUUGCUUCCAAUUUCUGUCCUGGAAACGAUGCUUUUACAACUUUGUACAUUAAAAGAAAUGAAUCAUGUUGUAUGAUGUGAUUUUUUUUAACAAAUAAAAAUGAUUUUUUAAAAUAUC